UUUUAGCACUAGCACAAAGGGGAGGGGAGGCGAGGUUUAAGGUUUAACCAUGGCCUUGUUAUCCUUGACAGCGUCGUGUAAACCACCAUCAAUGGAGCCUCUUGUCCAUUCUUCUUCUUUGAUUUCAUUACUAUUUCCAUCUCAGUUAAAGUUCCCAAACCUAAUAAAAAACAAGAACCACAAGAUAAUAACGUGUUGCUCCAAUUCAAAUUCUUCUUUGCCAACAACAGCAACACCAAGUGUGGGCCCGCCCGUGAUGAAGAAGAGAAAAAGGUAUAGGAAGCCAUAUCCAGGAGAGAACAAAGGGAUUACUGAAGAGAUGAGAUUUGUUGCCAUGAAGCUCCGUAAUAUCAAAGGCAAACACACCCACAAGACUGUUAAGAGUGAUGAUGAUGAUGACAGCUGCCAAGAUUCAGAAAACGAUAGCGUAUCUGAGAAAGAAGAAGAGGGAAAUGGUGAUGGUGAUGGUGAUGAUGAUAUUUGGAUUCCCAGUAUGGAAGGGUUUGUUAAGUAUCUAGUUGACAGCAAGCUUGUUUUCGACACUCUUGAGCGGAUUGUUGAUAAAUCUGAUGAUGUUUCUUAUACCUAUUUUAGAAAAACUGGGUUGGAAAGAUCUGAGGGUCUUGCAAAGGACCUCGAGUGGUUUAGUCAACGGAAUAUAGAGAUUCCUGAGCCUAGUACUCCAGGAACUUCUUAUGUCAAGUAUUUGGAGGAGCUUGCAGAGGAUAAUGCCCCACUCUUCCUUUCCCAUUUCUACAACAUAUAUUUCUCACAUAUUGCAGGCGGUCAGGUGAUAUCUAGAAAGGUUUCUGACAAGCUACUGCAAGGAAGAGAGCUGGAGUUCUACAGAUGGGAUGGAGAUGCCCAGGAAUUGUUAAAGGGUGUGCGUGAGAAGCUCAACAUGCUUGGAGAGCACUGGACACGAGACGAGAAAAAUAAAUGCUUAAAGGAAGCGGCAAAGUCAUUCAGAUAUUUGGGGCAGAUAGUCCGGCUGAUCAUCUUGUAAUGCAGCUUUGAAGGCAUGUUUAUGGUAAGGUGGUACCUUUUUUUUCAUUUUUCUUCUUGAUUAAUCCGAUGCUUCCCUUUUCCUCAUAGUUGCUUGUGUACUUGUGGUAUAACUGCCUUUGAAUCAGUUCAUUCCACCUAUUCAUUUAAUUUUGAAAUGUGAAAACUUAUUCCAUCUUCUAAAACAUGUUUUAAUAUUAAAUGAUCAUCCCUGAACAGGCAUGUCUGAAACCAGCACACCUACUAUCUUGUUUUUAUUUCUCUAGACAGGAAUUUUGUUUUGUCUAGUUUAAUCUGAGUUUCAUGUUUUGUUUCCCCUUCUCUUUGAUUCUCAUCAGUUGUGAAUGCCUGCUUUUCUUAUGGUUGUUGCCAAAUACCAUUGUUUCUGUUGUGGACCAACUCAAUGUUUAUCCCUAAGGUGGUCAACUUACAGAAACAAGAUUCACGUCAUUGAGUAAAAGGAGAAGCUUUGUUUUUGCACAUGCAACAGCAUUAGUAUUUGCUUAUGAUGGAAUUGUUUUAUCAAAAGGACACACAGCAUGGAUAGCAACGUUUUCAUGGAGUAUUUGUACGCUAUGGAUAGUGGCAGUUAGGGCUUUGCAUUCAGCCCAUGGUAAAUUGUUUUGGGAAAAGGCGCAGAUGGUUACGAUUGCAUAGGGUUGAUUGUGUUAUAUUACUUCAAAUGCAUGUGAGCUUCUGGAGGUUAAAGUUAUGGGGUGUGUAUAUUACAAUUAAGCAAUAGGAGGAUGAAUUUUAGCAACUUUGUUUGAUAUUCUUGUUCUUGUGUGUCUUGGUCGGCAGUUUGGUUUGCAUCUCUUGCUUGUCUCUACAGCUCUAUUUGAUCUUCAUCGGCUUAGGCAUCUGGAAAUCAGGUUUCUUAAUAAGACCAUUUUUUUUCUUUUA